AUGUUCACAAAACGUUUAAGCAUUAUUAUAUGGCUGGUUGCCGUUUCUAUUGCCUCUACCAAUCCCCGUCCUAACACAAAUGGUGAUAAGCUAACACGAAUUAUUGGAGGUAUUGCCACAACAAUUGACGCCACGCCAUAUUUGGUGCAAUUCCGUUAUGCCAAUUAUUGGAAUUUAUUUUGUGGAGGAAGUUUGAUAAGCCCAAAAUAUGUUUUGACGGCUGCACACUGUUUUCCCAGUGGUAAAGGUGAUGGUGUUGUGGUUAUUGGAGGUGCCAAUACUAGCGAUGGUGAGGGAGAGGAACGUUAUAUUGAGAGCAUAACAAUGCAUCCAGAAUAUAAUCCACAAACAAUGCAUUCUGAUGUGGCCGUAAUCGAAUUGGAUGAACCCAUGGUGGGUGUGAAUAUUCUAACAAUUGGAAUUUGUUCACAUCGCCUGGAAGAAGGUGAUCUUUUGCAUGUUUCUGGUUGGGGUCAAACGGAGGAAAGUGGACCAAUGUCUGAAGAAUUGAGAACUGUGCUGCUGCCAAUGACACCAAGGAAAAUGUGUGACAAAGAAUAUGGUUCCUUUGUGGAGAAAAAUAUGUUUUGUGGUUCGGGUUUCGAAGCCAAAGGGCAUUGCUUGGGCGAUUCUGGCGGUCCAGCUGUGCAUUUGGGUGAAUUGUGUGGAAUUAUUGCAUUUGCUUAUAAAUGUGGGGAGGUGGGAAGAACCUCAGUUUUUACAGAUGUUUAUAGUGUUCGAAAGUUUAUUGAAUGGGCUAUGACAUAA